AUGUCACCGUACAAAUUGGUGUUUGGGAAGGCAUGUCACUUACCAGUAGAGUUGGAGCAUAGAGCCUUGUGGGAAUUGAGGCAGUUGAAACUCGACAUAGAAGAGGCGGGUACAAGUAGAGUUACUGAGUUGCACGAGCUUGAUGAGUUUCGCUACCAGACUUUUGAGAGCGCAAGACUAUAUAAGGAGAGAAUGAAGAUGAUGCACGACAAAAAUAUUAUUGAGCGGAACUUUAAACCUGGAGAUAUGGUAUUGCUGUACAAUUCAAGAUUGAGGUUGUUUCCAGGCAAGUUGAAGUCAAGAUGGUCGGGACCAUUUCGUGUGGUAGAGACGCAUCCAACUGGAGCCGUCGAGAUUACAUCGGAAGAUGGCUCACGCAAGUUCAAAGUUAACGGACAAAGGCUAAAACAUUACCAGGGCAUGGUUGAGGAAGACAAAAUGAUCUCGACCGUGGAUGAAUGUGUGCGGGCUGGAAUGACUCGGGGUGAAGAAAUCAAUCCGAAGAGUGGCUAA